GGAUUCAGUGUGCGGUCGGUGACUCGGGCGGAGUCGGCUUUGCUUUCGGGAAACGAGCUUAAUCAUUAAGUUAAAGUACGGUAUUAAAUUAAAAAAAAAAAAAAAAAACACACACACACACAAACAAACUCAGCGUGUUGAAAUUGAGCUUACCUCUGGAUUUUACUUCCCCGAUGAAACUUCGUAUGAGGUGUGUUUUAUAGCGGUUGUGGUGAGUUGGAUCUGUUGGAGAGCUGGCUAAACUGGAGUUACGGGAAGCGAAGGAGAUUUUCUCGGCCCUGGUUUUCAAGAAUAGCUUACUAAAGUUCGCAGAUAUACUUCAGCUGCUCUCCAUUUUCACCAUUCCCCGGUUCGAGUUAUUCUGUGAGAUUCACAGGAUAAGGCCUCAUACAGAUGGGAAAAGUGUGUAUGAAGCACCUUGAAGGUGCACCCAAUCAUUGGACUAUUAGUUUUACAUAAUCUACUCUUCCUUAGAGACUACAAUGUGGAUGGUGUUAAUAAAGGCUUUAAGUCUUAGGAAGGAAAAAGAAAAAAAAUUUUUUUUUUUUUUUUUUUUUUUAACUCUUGCCUCACAUCAAAAUAUUGGUUCAGAGAACCUUUGUAAAUGAUCAUUAUCAUUUUUGUGACACCAAAAGUUUGAGACGACACCAUCAAAAUGAGUGCAGAUGGAUAUCAGUACAGAGCACUGUAUGACUAUAAGAAAGAGAGGGAGGAGGAUAUUGACCUGCAUGUAGGGGACAUUCUUACAGUCAAUAAAGGUGCACUACUCUCAGUUGGUUACACUGAGGGGAUGGAGGAGAGACCAGAUGAAAUCGGAUGGCUGCCUGGCUUUAAUGAAACCACUCAGGAAAAGGGGGACUUUCCUGGUACGUACGUGGAGUUCAUCGGGAAGAAAAAGAUUUCUCCACCAACUCCCAAACCAAGACCCCCUAGGCCUCUACCGGUGGCCCCAGGGCCUGCAAGGCCAGACUCAGACUCUGAGCAAAGCUCCAGCGCUCUGGAAGACCUGGUGGAGCAGUUCGCACCUCCACUGGUAGCACCACCCUUGCUACUCAAGUUCCUUGAGGCCAUCGAGAGGAAAGGUCUAGACAACCCUACACUCUACAGAAACUUCACUGCUGGAGGAGGGCCGGAUAUCAGGCAGUGCUUUGAUAGUGACCCUGCCUCAGUGGAUCUUGAGCAGAUGGACCUUCAGAUGUUGUGUGAUGGUCUGAGAAGGUAUCUUCAAGAUCUACCUCAGCCUGUCAUCCCCUCUUUGAUCUAUAGCGAGAUGAUACGCAUCGCUCAAGAAGUGCAGGGUACAGACGAAUGCGCACAUCAUCUGCGGCUGGUGGCCAGCUCCUCUGCACUUCCUCCGCAGUACUGGCUGACACUGCAGAGCUUGCUGCGCCACUUCUCCCGUGUAUGCCAGGCCUCAGCUGCCAACCUGCUUAGUGCUCGUGCCCUCGCUGAGAUCUUCAGCCCGGCACUCUUCAGGCAACAGCCCACCAGCUGUGAGCCCAGCCCAGAGGCACACAUCCGGAUAAUUGAAGUCCUGGUGACCAGUGAAUGGAGUGACAGUCAGGCGGCUCCAGCACUACCUCCCAAGCCACCCAAACCAAUGUCUGUCACUAACAACGGUAUGAACAACAACAUGGCUCUGCAAGAUGCUGAAUGGUACUGGGGGGACAUCUCCAGGGAGGAGGUCAACGAAAAGCUUAGGGACACUGCCGAUGGUACAUUUUUGGUCCGAGAUGCCUCCACUAAAAUGCAUGGGGAUUACACACUGACAUUGAGGAAAGGAGGUAACAACAAGCUGAUCAAAAUCUUCCAUCGUGAUGGAAAAUAUGGCUUUUCAGACCCCUUAACUUUCAACUCUGUGGUUGAGUUGAUCAACCACUAUCGGCACGAGUCUCUCGCCCAGUACAACCCCAAACUAGAUGUGAAACUACUGUACCCUGUGUCCAAGCACCAACAGGAUCAGGUGGUAAAGGAGGACAAUGUUGAAGCUGUUGGGAAGAAGUUGCACGAAUACCACCAGCAGUACCAAGAAAAGAACAAAGAGUACGACCGACUCUAUGAGGAAUACACUCGAACAUCACAGGAAAUACAAAUGAAAAGGACUGCUAUUGAAGCUUUUAAUGAGACCAUAAAGAUCUUUGAAGAGCAGUGCCAGACGCAAGAACGGUACAGCAAAGAAUAUAUUGAGAAGUUCAGGAGAGAAGGCAAUGAGAAGGAAAUCCAACGGAUAAUGGUCAACUAUGAGAAGUUAAAAUCGCGCAUCAGUGAAAUUGUGGACAGCAAACGUCGUCUUGAGGAAGAUCUAAAGAAGCAAGCAGCAGACUACAGAGAGAUCGACAAGCGGAUGAACAGCAUUAAGCCUGACCUCAUCCAGCUCAGAAAGACCAGGGAUCAGUACCUCAUGUGGUUGACACAGAAAGGGGUCCGACAGAAAAAACUCAACGAAUGGUUGGGAAUCAAAAACGACAACCAGGACGAUCAAUACUCAAUGGUGGAUGACGAUGAGGAUUUGCCACACCAUGACGAACGCUCCUGGAAGCUGGGUAACAUUAACCGCAUCCAGGCAGAGGCCUUGCUGCGGGGCAAGAGAGACGGAACAUUCCUGGUCAGGGACAGCAGCAAAGCUGGAUGUUACGCCUGUAGUGUUGUUGUGGAUGGUGAGGUCAAGCACUGCGUCAUCAACAAGACACCCACAGGAUAUGGCUUUGCUGAGCCCUACAACCUUUACAGCUCUCUGAAAGAACUGGUCUUGCACUACCAGCAUACGUCCCUGGUUCAGCACAAUGACUCUUUGAAUGUCACGUUAGCGUACCCAGUCUACUCGCACCAGAGGCGAUGAGAACUCAUGAACACACCCUUGGGACUUGUUACAAACACGGGAGUUGAGAAAGGGCCUCCCCUGGAAUGGAGACGCCUCCAGUGAGGCUGCUCCCGAGGGCUGCGUUUUGCCUUGAAACAUAUCGGAAAGCCAAGAAAGCAAAACCCAAAAUUUCAGCCACUGAGACUUUUGCCAGUCUGAAUGUAGUUUUCUUUGAGUGGAAACUGCUAAAAUGUAACUCUCUCUCCCAAACUGGAGGACUUCGGGGGCCUUUUCCAAAUGGUGCUUGUUCAUUUCAAAGCUUUACCCGCUGCUGAAAUGUGGAACAAUGAUUAAACCUCUAGAGUGCAUCUUUUUUUACCUCUUCUACCCCCGACCUGCUCUGUGCAGGUCCCCAUUUGUGUGUGUGUGUGUGUGUGUGUGUACGAGAGAAUGUGACCAAAACUUACAGUAUCUGAAAGCUAUCGGGAUGUUCAACAUGUUUAAUUUUUUUUACGAACAGACCAUGGAAUCAGCUGAUCCAAUGUAGCAAGAUGGCACUUUCGAAACAGUAUCUACUUGUUUUCCUGUAAGAGACUCCUACACAAGCAUUGAUAUGACACAUCUCGCCUGAAAGGAGCAGUGUGACGAGAAGUAAACGAGAUGCUUGGCAUUUCUUUUGUGAGCAUUAUAGUGACAGACUCUAAAUCCAUUUCUGCUUUAUGGACUGGCAAGAAAGGAACUGAAACGGACUUCAAACUGUACAUACAGAUGGCAUCAAAAGCUAUGUGACAAAACCAUAUUGUACCAAAAACACAGUUCCUUCUCAGUUGUAUUCUAAUCUGCUAUGCAAAUUCUGUAUUUUCCAUCUUCUCUGCAGAGUUGUGAUUUUAAUUUACGUUGCUACCCAUAAUAUAAACUUGUUUUUAUUGCUUAAAGUCUUUUUUUAUGUAUCUAAGAGGAUAUUUUAAGUGUCAAAGCACCAAGAAGAGUGGCUUCAGUUUUACAGAAGAAGUCUGGAAAAAGUAAUAUUACAUAUUUCUUUAUCAGCCACUGGUAAAAUUAAAGAGUAUUUUAUUAGUGUUUUUCACUUGCUGAUUUUCUCUUGGGCAGAGCCUGGAGGACAUUAGUGCUGCUUUUGUCUACAGUUAAUGGUAAUAUAUAUCUGAACAUUUUCACUAGAACAAACAUAAACAAAUAAACCAUGAUGUUUGAAAUAACUGCAA